AUGCAAUCCCCAAACAGCAACCUCCGGGCCUUCACCCUAGCCGUAACGACCCUCCUCACUCAACCCUCGCAACUCCUCCCCCACCUCACCAUCCCAACAAUCACUCACCUGCCCGAGAACCUCGGCCCAGCGCUCAUCGCCCCCAGCCCCAGCACCACCAGCACCACCAGCACCACCAGCACCACCAGCACCAAUCCCACCCCCCACCCACCAACACCCACAAUCCGCGCCCUCGUCCUCGACAAAGACAACACACUCUGCCACCCGAAAACGACGACCUUCGUGCCCGAAAUCCUCGACAAACUACACGCGCUCCGCACCUCCGCGACCUCCCCGUUCCGGCACGACAACAGCAUCCUCAUUGUCUCCAACCGCGCGGGCAGUCACCCGCGCUACGACGCGGAGAUCCGCUCCCUCGAGGAGAAGCUGGGGGAGAUGAAGUUGCGGAUCCCGGUGUUCGUGCUGCCGGCGGGCAGCGAGAAGAAGCCGUUCUGUGGGCGGGAGGUGCUGGAGUGGUUUCGGGAGAGGGGCGUGGUGGAGCGGGCGGAUGAGAUUGCCGUGGUGGGGGAUCGGUUGGGGACGGACGUGUUGAUGGCCGCCGCGAUGGGGUCGUGGAGCGUCUGGUGCCGCGAUGGUGUGACGGAGGGGGCGCGGCAGAUGAACCUGCUGGAGAAGAUGGAGGUUUGGGUCGAGGGCUAUCUGCGCGGGUCGAGGGGGCUGAAGGCGCCGCUGCCGAGGGGGUGGGAUGCGAAUCAUCCUGCUAGUCAGGAGUAA